AUGGGAGACACAGAUGGACGCUCGGAUUUUGACCAAGCCACUGCUCGUUUCGUUGAAUGGUUCACGGCCGCCGAUGGGACUCGGUUGAGUUCCAAGAUCCGGCUCAAGGAUCUGAGAAGCGAGAAUGCGGGAAGAGGAGCUGUCGCUGUUGGGGACAUCGAGGAGGAUGAGGAGUUGUUCGCAAUUCCUCGAUCCCUCGUGCUCACAGCCACAACGUCAGACAUUCCACCUGCUGUGCUCGAACCUCUCACUGAAACCGGACAAUGGCAGCCGUUGAUUGUCACUAUCAUUUAUGAGCGUCUGCGAUACGAAAAAUCACCAUGGCAUCCUUAUUUUCAAGUCCUCCCUACGAAGUUCGACAGUCUGAUGUUCUGGAAUCCUGCAGAGCUCAAGACAUUGCAAGCUAGUGCCGUGGUUGACAAGAUCAGUAGGACCCAAGCUGAAGAGUCCUGGAAAGAGAAAAUGAUACCAAUUAUGCUCUCACAUCCUGAGCUGUUUCCCGUGGCUGGUCAAGGUGAAUCAGACCGCACAGUGGAAUUGAUUAAGCUUGCCCACGUAGCGGGCAGCUCGAUUAUGGCCUAUGCUUUCGACAUUGACAAAGAUGAUGACAAGAACGAUGCGGACAAUGACUCGGAAGACGAGUUCGAAGACGACGAUGAAGACGAGCCGCUUAAGGGUAUGGUGCCCUUCGCUGACAUGCUGAAUGCCGAUGCUGACAGAAACAACGCACGACUCUUUCAAGAAAGCGACUACCUCAUCAUGAGGUCUACCAAGCAGAUCAAGGCCGGCGAGCAAAUCUUCAACGACUAUGGCCCACUCCCUCGUUCGGAUCUCCUCCGCAUGUAUGGCUACAUCACUGAUAACUAUGCUCAGUACGAUGUUGUCGAGAUAUCGCACGAUCUUCUUCUAGAGGUGGCAGGCAAGAAUCAUGGUGCUAGAGACGCUGCUUGGUUGAAACGAGCCGAACAACUUGAGGAGAUCGGUGUUAUCGACGAUGGCUAUGCCAUACCCAGACCUGCACCAGCCGUGGAAGAGCUUGGACAGGCCAUACCGGGACAGCUGCACAUGCUUUUGCGUGCUCUGUGUAUGGACGGCACGAAGACACCCAAAGAUGCCGUCACCAUCAACGAAGCUGCACUACUACAGUCUGUCCUCACAAAAAGACUGUCAGAAUAUGGUACAUCCCUAGAGGCCGACCGGGCUAUUCUAGAGGCAGUGGCUCAUUCUGAAUCACCCCAGUCACUCAUUCCCUCCGAUUGUAAUAAGAAUCGAUUUGUCAUGGCGCUGCAAGUGAGGAUUGGAGAAAAGGAGAUAAUACACCGGUUGAUCAGACUGUGUCAGGUCCACAUUGAACAAAAGAACCAAGAGAUCACAGCAAGAUCUACCAAACGGCAAAUUCACGAUGACACGGACAACAAACCAAAGAAAGCGCCGCGGAAACGCAAUGCACGCAAUUGA